UUCUGCGAAGGCAAGGUUGCGUUCGCUGUGUGUCUGAGCAUAUUCGUGUGGCUUGUAUGAAAAGUGGUGGAUGCCUAAGACAACGUUUACCUGCUGAGGCUGACUUCUGUGAAGGGACGUACUAGAUGGAAGAAUUAUUUUCCUUGCGCAAGGAGUUGGACCUCCAGAAAUGUUGCAGUCAUGGAACAAGGGAAGAGUGCAUACUGCCAAACAAACUGCUCUUAUGGAACAAAGUGCUUUGGUGCUGCGGCGUCUACCUCACUGAGACUGAACCAGGAGUGCUGACCCUUUUCUCCACCCGUGAUAUUCCUAUUACAAGUCGCAAUGCUGCAUCACUCGAAAUACUCUUAAGGAUCAUAGGCGAACACGACAGCAUCAAAUAUGUCUGUUUCCGCCGAGUAGAUAUCGGUACUCUGAAGCGCAUCCUGGGAUCCUUGGGAAUACGAUCGGAUGUGCGCGAGUUCAUCUUGGAAUGUGCAUAUUUCAACGAAGAUAUGAGCCCUACCUUGGGCUCAUAUGCCUUUGAGGAGAUGUCUCCUGCAGUCAUUAAGGAUUUUGAGGAUUUCCAGUUCAUGACAACACAAACGAUAGCCACCAUGAUAUUAAGCACGGUGCGCAAGGCAUCAUCGCUCGAAGUGUUCCACCUGGACGAACCAGUUAAGGACGACGUUGCAGUUGAGCUAGGCAUGGAAUUGGCGAAGAAACGUUCUCUUAAAACACUUUCCCUGGGUCCACGUUGUACAGACGUUUCGUUCUCCUACAUAUUUACACUUCAUGCUAUGCGGUCAGCCGACAAACAACAGGCAUGCAACCUGAACUCCCUGACGUUGUGCGCAUUGUGUAUCGAGCGCAGAGGCGUUCCCAGUUAUUUGCUGCCAUAUACGGUGAUCGCUAACCGAAACAUGUCUCGGUGUCUUAAUCACACUGGAACUACUGAUGAUCAAAGUCUUCUUGACGAUGAGGUACUAAUGCUCGCUAACGCGCUGUCUGGCAACAGCAACAUUGAGGUACUCGUUUUGCGAGAUGUGCGCUUCAGCCUGGGCGGGGCUGCGGCACUGAGCCAACUGAUGGUCACAAACACGGCGUUACGUACAAUCGAUAUAAGCGGGAGUUCCCUCGGGACGGACGAGUGCAUAGCAUUGGCAGAUGGACUGCGGCUGGCGACGGUUCUUAAAGAAUUCAUCAUGGAAGAGUGUUACUUGACACUUACUGGCGCAAUCAGAAUGUGUGAAGCAGUGCGUGAAAACAAAUCGUGCAUAACUGUGAGCUUCGGUGAAAUUUGUUCUUUCAGAAAUCAGAUGACAAGAAGUGACUACGUUGAGUUAGCUCUAACCGACCCUAGAGGGAAAAUUCGCUUUUUCUGGGAUGCUUGCUCUGCUGCUACGAUAAUAUGCGCAGAGAGCCUUCUCAUGCAGCCACAACACGUGAAUAAAAUAGUACUGAAUGGCGAGACAGGCCAUGAUUUUCCGGCGGACGGAUUUUGCGCCUUUCUCGAACAGGAAGGGACACUGGUCGACGAAUUGCAUUUCUAUUUAUCCGAUCCGGCUUUUAACUUAGUGCGGAAGCUGGCUGAGUGCCUUCAGCGCCGAAAUGGCAUUCAGGCUCUUACGUUAACUUGUUACGAAGAAUACGAUGAACCAGCUCGCGAAGUACUGCGGUUACUCGCUACGAGCCUGGAGAAGAACACCACGCUCUCUGCUUUACAUCUUGUUUCCCAAACCAGCGACGUCAUUCAUUGUUUUGCGCGUGUGAUACGCAAAAACAAGUGCUUGAACGAGAUGACCAUAAGGUGUGAUCCACAGAAUAUCACUAUACAGGAGAUGGAGCAACAUAUGGAAUGCAACUACGCUAUCACAUCGUUUAAGCUUCCUACUGCGAGCUCACGUGAUGAAAAACUGCGGAUGGAAAGCCUGGCUGCGCGGAACAGAGUUUUACAAGAUCGAUCGCUGCACUUCAUGUCGGAGGACGUCCUUGUCAAGAAGUGCUGGAUGAAAGCGUUUGAACUGACACGUGGCACUGAGACGCUCAGGAGAGCCAUCAUGUCCAAGUUGAAGAAAUCGCAAGAAGAAGCGCAAUUUCUGAUCGACCGAAAGCAGCGGUACAUUCGCGACCACUACUUCAGAAUCACUGCAGUCUGCAAGGGUAGGAUCGUGUGCAAUGCAUCGCCAACGGGUGCGACUCAGCUAGACGACCUUCACGCGGAAUGCCUAUCUCAUAUAACGGGUUAUCUAAGUAUAAGUGAUGUUGUGUGAUCCGCUCUGUAACACUACGAUGAACAUCUAAAGUCAAGAUUGUCUUUACCUAGUGCGCUACACCAUCUCCAUAUUCAAUCUAUUUUCUCCACGUUCUACGUUACAGCAUGGGCGAGACAUGCUUGAAAGUGAAUCUACUGAUCAAAACAUUGUUAGUAGGUGUUGCUUUGUCUUUGUAGUAAAUAUAACCUUGAACGCUUUUAGCAUGUAUGAGCAAUACCUACACGCACAUAUACGCAUUGUUUGUUCAAUCGCCAAUAGCAUUUCCACCUCCUUUAUUACUUUCUUGUUUCUAGAGUGCUAAUCCUGUGCCUCUUGAACUGUGGACUAUGGUAGCCCUACACGAUGGUCAAAAUAUAUGCAAUGGGGAGAGCAAGGGUGCUCUUUCUCAUGCCGCUCUUGUUGUAUGUUUCUCUCCUUUGCAAAUGAUAAUCAAUAAAUAAGGGAGGAACACGUGCUUUA